UCAACUCCGGAGUCAGGAGGCAGCGGAGGGGGGCAGAGGCUUCUCAUGAGUGGUCGUCGGCAUGGCUACGAGUGAGAGGUUCGGGUUUGGGGGGAUUAGGCGGACAGCGACAUCGGUCUGUUGAUUCUCAUGACUGAGGCUCGUCCAGUCGAAAAAGUGUGUGUGUGGUUGUGGUGCCAUGGGGAAGACGGCAGGUCAGAUCCUCCCCACGGGGGUUUCGGUGAAUGGAAACAGGUUAGCACUGCCUCUCCGGAUCUCCCGGCUCGGCUGGCCCAAUCAGGACGGCAUACGGCACUGUCCGAGCGAUGCAGUCUGGAGUUGGACUUCUGUCAGGUCAUCCAUCGCGAUCAGAACUGUCCACGGGUUCAGAGUGUUAGGGUUUACGGAGUACGGCAUCCAAGGUUCUCUGGUUCUGGUGUCUGGUCUGGUUUGGACGCGCCGCUUACUCUCCGCCGACCGCCACUCUCCGGCUCCAUUGGCCACCACACCACUCGGUCCCUGAUCAGGAUCUCACCAUGCUUGCUUGGACUUCAAGUUCAAAAAUUCCUGUGGCUUGGGGCUCCAGCCAAUGUACCUCUGCUACGUCCGUGUCUGCUUCCCCUCAAUUAUUCUGGUUGAUGAUUCCUGGGCCAAUUGGUUAAGACUGAGCUCGAGCUAGUCUGUUUUGCCUGCAUCGUUUGCGAGACCCGACCAAGCUUCCAAACAAAUGCUUAACAAGCUGAUGCUCGUACCGUCCGAGAUUUCCAGGGCGCCUUAGCACUCUUGUCCUACACACAUUGCGCCACGUG